UACGUAUGGUAUUUAAAUGAGUAAAAGUGAAAUAUGUUUUAAGACAAAUAGAGCAUCUAGCUACCAUGCAUAUCCUUGGCCUCUUAUAAUACACAAAAUCAAACAUUAACACAUGAAAAAAUACAAAAUGAUUUACUAUCAUAGUUCUUUGUUGAAGAGGAUAGUGUUAGCAGCAUUGUUAAUGCCACUGCUUAUGAAUCAUGCGAAUGCCCAAAAUGACCCGUCCACUACAUGUCCUUUCAAACUCAAUUGUACAGAUAACAUGAAGUUUCUUGAACUUCCUACUCAUCCAAUCCCUCUAAAGCUCAUUAUUGACAUUUCUUAUGAAAUGCAAAUGGUAUGGCUAUCUGAUCCCGGAAAAUGUUUACCGCAACUCUUACUUCACCACAACAUUUCAUCAUUUUUUCCUUUUAUUUCCGAAACUUUCCAGUAUAACGUUACUUUCUUCAAUUGUUCUUCAGUAGCACAUCUCAUAAAUAACUUCGACUAUUAUCCCGAUGGUACGCAGGAUAUGAUAACUUGUCCAAUUUAUGUCGCUGAUUCGGAAUAUGAAAGUGUAAUUGAAUUUGAAUUUGUAUACUGCAUCAAAUUAUUUGAUAGCGUUUCUUUAUUCGACGCGUAUAGUAUUCGAUACAACAGUAUCACGUUCAAUUGGUCUGGAACAAAUUUUGACACAAGAUGCUUGGAAUGUGAACACAAAUCAAAGAAGAAGAUUGAAUUCAUUACUUUAUCCUCUAUAGGUGGAAUCGUCGGUUCAACUUUGCUAGUGAUUGCAAUCGGUGCCAUUGUUCGAAUUUAUCACUAUUUCAAGAUGAAAGGUGAAGAUCAUGAAAGAAUCGAAAACUUUUUGAAGGAUUACAAAGCUUUAAAGCCAACUAGAUUCUCUUAUGCAGACAUAAAGAGAAUCACACAUAACUUUAAGGAGAAAUUAGGCGAAGGAGCUCAUGGAGCAGUUUACAAAGGUAACUUAUCUAACCAAAUUAUGGUUGCUGUUAAGAUGCUCAAUAAUACAGAGGGAGAUGGGAAAGAGGUCAUAAAAACUAUGGGCAAAAUCCAUCAUCUCAAUGUUGUUCGCUUGCUUGGAUUUUGUGCAGAUGGAUUUUACCGUGCUUUAGUGUAUGACUUUUUCCCAAAUGGUUCAUUGCAAAAAUUCAUUUCUCCACAAAGCAACAAAGAUAGUUUUCUUGGAUGGGAUAAGUUACAACAAAUUGCUAUCGGUAUAGCCAAUGGUAUUGAGUAUCUUCAUCAAGGUUGUGAACAAAGAAUUCUUCACUUUGACAUCAAUCCUCAUAAUAUUUUAAUAGAUGAUAGUUUCAAUCCAAAAAUUACAGACUUUGGUUUGGCUAAGAUGUGCUCCAAAAAUCAAAGUAUGGUAUCUAUGACUGCGGCUAAGGGAACAUUAGGAUACAUGGCACCUGAAGUUUUUUCUAGAAACUUUGGAAAUGUAUCUUAUAAGUCUGAUAUAUAUAGUUAUGGUAUGUUAUUGUUGGAAAUUGUUGGAGGAAGAAAGAAUACAUCUACUAAGACAACCACAAGUGAAGAAAAUUUCCAAGUUCUAUAUCCAGAUUGGAUCCACACAUUGCUUGAAGGAGGAGACAUACAUAUCCCUAUAGAUGAAGAUGGAGAUUUUAGAAUUGCAAAGAAAUUGGCAAUAGUGGGACUUUGGUGCAUCCAGUGGCAACCUAUACACCGUCCUUCCAUGAAGAUUGUAUUGCAAAUGCUGCAAGGAGAUCAAGCCAAGUUAAAAGUUCCUUCCAAUCCUUUUGGACCUACAACUUCAACAAAUACAUCUUCUAAUAUUGUUAUGAACUUGGAGUUGGAAGUGAUUCAAGAAAUAGAUUAAAUUUUAUUAAUUGUAUCGUAUAGAUAUUUAUUGUCAAUGGCUUGUCACGAUUAGCAUCGAAUGUAAUAUUGUGAGUAGGUCAUUGAUGCAAAGAUCAAUUAAAAAGUGUCAUUUCAUACUUAGUUUUGAUUUUUAAUGAAUAUAAAUCUGAAAU